CUUCUCGUGUCCUUUGUUUUCUUUUCGCGAGUGUGUUUGACUGACGGUCGUGUCGUCGCGUCGCUGAAAAGGAUUUUCUAGUUUCCGAAUGUGAUAUUUUUUUCUCGCCGCAAGAAAAUCCUUGAACAAAACAACGGGAAUGUUUUGCGUGUAUUCUUGGAAGAACUAAUGCGGUGGACGUGAUACCAGACAAUAUUGAAUAUCGGAAAGAAUAAUGCGUACGGGCCUAUCGAAAAUUUGUGACCCCAGACGAACUGAAGAAGUACUCUAGGCAGGAAGAAAAAAAUCUGCGUGGAAAAUUUGACUUACCCGAAAAUUGGACCAGCUUUGGAGGCAACAAACCGGAGGCUGCACACAUUUCUCGGCGAGGCGCACCGCGAGAAAGCAGGACAGGAACUCCCGGAUAUAAAUAGUUCGUGGGAGUCAGCCGGAUAUCCCGGCGAGUCAGCAGACAUCGAGUGCCGUCCGUCACAUCGACGAUAACAGCACCAGACUCAGGCGCCAUCGGUCUCCGGGUGGUGGUAUCGUUGGCUUCAGGGACACACGCAGGAUGUCCGGAACGACGGGAAAGCGCAAGGAGAUCUACAAGUACCUGGCGCCAUGGCCACUGUACUCGAUGAACUGGUCGGUCCGGCCGGACAAGCGCUUCCGAUUGGCUCUGGGCAGCUUCGUCGAGGAGUACAACAACAAAGUGCAGAUCAUCAGUCUCGAUGAGGAUACGAGCGAGUUCAGCGCGAAAAGCACAUUCGAUCACCCAUAUCCCACAACGAAAAUCAUGUGGAUUCCGGACUCGAAAGGAGUCUUCCCGGACCUGUUGGCCACCAGUGGGGACUACCUGCGCGUUUGGCGUGCCGGAGAGCCGGACACUCGGUUGGAGUGUGUCCUGAACAACAACAAAAACAGCGACUUUUGCGCUCCGUUGACAUCGUUCGACUGGAACGAGGUCGAUCCCAAUUUGGUAGGAACGUCUUCCAUCGAUACUACAUGCACAAUUUGGGGUUUGGAAACGGGUCAACCGCUGGGUCGAAUCAACCUGGUAUCGGGACACGUAAAAACUCAGCUGAUCGCUCACGACAAGGAGGUAUACGACAUAGCAUUUUCGAGGGCUGGCGGCGGUCGGGACAUGUUCGCCUCGGUCGGUGCCGAUGGAAGUGUGCGAAUGUUCGACCUGCGUCACCUGGAACACUCGACAAUCAUCUACGAAGAUCCGGCCCACACGCCACUGUUGCGGUUGGCUUGGAACAAACAGGAUCCGAACUAUCUGGCCACGGUGGCGAUGGAUUCGUGCGAAGUGAUCAUCCUGGAUGUCCGGGUACCGUGCACUCCGGUGGCCAGGCUGAGUAAUCACCGGGCGUGUGUGAAUGGCAUCGCUUGGGCUCCGCACAGCUCGUGUCACAUUUGCACGGCUGGCGAUGAUCACCAGGCGCUGAUCUGGGACAUCCAGCAGAUGCCGCGACCGAUCGAGGAUCCCAUCCUCGCGUACACGGCAGCCGAGGGCGAGGUCAAUCAGAUUCAGUGGGGGGCAACGCAACCGGAUUGGAUUGCCAUUUGCUACAAAACGGCUUGCGAGAUUUUGAGGGUUUAAGAAAGUGUGGGGGAAUGGGUUGGUACUGUUUAUCGCUCUUUGGGUUUUAUGUUAGCAUUCUUUUCUUUUUCUAUGCAGUUUGGCCUAAUCGUUGGACGUUGGGGCUGUUCCAUUUAAAUCUAUGAUGAUUUGUUUUAGAUUGAUAGGUUUGAAAGUACCGAAAAAUUACAUGAUUAAAGUUCUGCUAGAUGCUGAUCUUAAUUUUGA